AUGGCUGCGGGUGUCGAGUCGUUCCUGGUCAUCUAUAGUCAAUAAACGUCGAGGAGUAAAUAAUUCAGUAUGGACCGAUCAACGACAUCUAUUGAUGAUUCUGCGAUUAAUGCCAAGUAUGAUUAUAUAUUACAAAGUUCCAGAGUGUUGACGAUUCCACUCAUUAGAUGUGAUCAACCAUUUAAUAGAGUUAUUAAAGAGGAAAUAAUUGAGGAAACAGACCGUAAUAAUGAUGAAAAAUUAUUACAAAUAGGAUACUAACAGAAAAACAUGGUUCAAUACUGAGUUAUACAAACAAAAAAGACAACACAGGGCAUUAGAUGCAUUAGUAAAUUAUGUAAAAACAACGAGUGGUCAAAAAUUCAUAGACUACCUUGGGCCUACUACUUUCAAUUCAUUGGAUUAUGAUAUAAAACAGAAAUUACAAUACUAUACAAACGAAAAAAAAAAAAACUAAUUAAUGAAUAGUUAUGGUGCAAUUUACCUUAA